AUGUCUGAUCAAUUUUUAUCGAAAUUACCAGAAGAAUUAAGUAUUAAAAUAAAACGUAUAACCUCUGUAAUUCCUCAAUCAUUAGAAAUAUUUGAACAAUUAUAUAAUUAUGCCAUCCAAUCGGAAGUUGAAUCUGAAUCUGCUAUUAAGAAAAGGAAGUUAGCUGAAGUGCCUAGUUCAGCAUCUGAAUCUCAAUCAAUUGACAAUACGAAUACAAUAUUUAAAUUGGAAAACGUUUCAAUCUUAUCUCCACUACGAAAAAAAUUAAAUUUAGUACUACAUUUAGUGGAAGGACAACCUAUGUUAUCAUUAUUAAAGGACAACCAUAUAGAAUUCUCCAUAUUUGAUUUGAAAACAAAUAUCCAAUUUGCGACUUUCUUACCUGUACCAGAAAAACCAAACAUAAUCUAUUUAUUUAUUAAUUAUAAAAAUUCAAAUGAUUCUAAAUAUUUUGACCCUUUAUUGAUUACUCUAAACAAACAAUUAACAUUAGCGAGCCUAAUCUCAUCAGGUGAUUUAGAUCAAUCGACAAAGGAUUUUUUGAAAUGUAUAGAAUACAUAAGGAGACAAGCUAUAUUAACCGGAUUUAGAAUAUUUGAUCCUUUCAAUCCUUUACUAUCCUCAGAACAGAAAUCUUUCCAUGUGGAAUGUCAUAGAGGUACUAAAGAAGGUACAUUAUAUUUCUUACCUGAUCAUAUAAUUUUCGGAUUUAAGAAACCAAUCUUAUUAUUCGAAUCAUCAAACAUUGAAUCAAUCACAUAUUCCUCUAUUACGAGAUUAACAUUCAAUGUGACAUUAAUUACGAAAAGUGAGGAGAAAUUUGAAUUCUCAAUGAUUGAUCAAAGUGAAUAUUCUAAAAUCGAUGAAUAUGUGAAGAGAAAACAAGUCAUGGAUAAGUCGAUGAGUGAUGAAUUGAAAGCUAAAAAAUCAAAGAAAACUGAAGAGAAUGAAGGAGCAAACGGGGACGAUAAUCAAGAGAAGCUUUCUGCUUUACAAGAAGCUGAGCAACAGAUUAAUAGUAUUAAUGAUAUCCCCUUUAGUUCUGAUGACGAAGAAAACGACCAAGAUUUCCAUGAUGAUGAUGCAAACUCUUCAGAUAGUGGUCGAUCAGAUUCUGAGGCAGAGGACGAUGAUUCUGUAGAUAAUGGCGAACAAGCGGAAGAAUCUGUCGAUGGAGAUGAUGAAGAAGAAGAAGGUGAGGAUGAAGAUGAAGAAGGUGAGGAUGAAGAUGAAGAAGAAGGGGAAGCAAAACAAGAAAGAGAAAACAGUUCUAAAGCUCAAGAAGGUGCAAAUACUCUCUUUAAUUUCGAUAAUUCGGAAGAAGCUGAUGAUAUACCGAUUGAAUUAGACGAGGAAGAUGAUUCCGGAGUCGAAUAUGAUUGA